AUGAAAAAAGGCCGGGUUUUCUGGCUAAAAAAGAGCGAUAACUGAAUGAACUACGACGAAAUAUCAGAGGAUACAAAGGAUCUUUCUGAUCCGAGCGUUUUUUUCGUUUUUUACCAGAGAAUUUUCCCAUUCAAAUACAUUUUCCAAUGGCUUAACAGGUCUCCCAUUCCUUCUAAAUCGUUUUUUAAUAGGGAAAUCGCUUUUACGCUGCAAAAUGAUGCAUAUUUGCGCUACAAUUCGUUUCCUACAUAUGAAGCAUUUCGAAAAGAAGUUUUGAGAUUAAAUCCGUCUAGAUUUGAAAUAGGACCUAUAUAUAAUGCAAAUCCCAGAGACCGGAAGACCUUCCGAAGGUUUAUUUUAAAACCGCUUGAAAAAGAACUUGUUUUUGACAUUGAUCUGACGGAUUAUGAUGAUGUUAGAACAUGUUGCUCAAAAACAGAUAUUUGCCUCAAAUGCUGGGGGUUUAUUACAGCUUCGAUAAAGGUGAUUGACUCAGCGUUGAGAGAAGAUUUUGGGUUUGAAUAUAUUUUGUGGGUGUAUUCAGGGAGACGAGGUGUGCAUGCAUGGGUUUGUGACAAGAAGGCUCGUGAAUUGAAUGAUCAGAAGCGAAAGGCAAUUGCAACGUAUCUUGAAGUUCCUAGGGGAGGUGUAGAAUAUGGUAGAAAAGUUGAAUUUAAAAGACCUCUUCAUCCAUCCAUAAGUAGGAGUCUGCAUAUUUUGAAAGAAAGCUUUCGUUCCAAUAUUCUUAUUUCUCAAAAUCCUUGGGAAAGUGAUGAGGGUUCGGAGAAAUUGCUUGAAUUUAUAACAGAUCAAGACCUUAAAGAAACACUUCGUGAGAAAUGGAAGUCCCAACCAAUGAGAUCAAGCUAUAAUAAAUGGCAUGACAUUGAUAUAGUAGCUGAAAGUGGUGUCUCAAAGAAUCUUGAUACAAAAGCAUUGUUGACAGCAAAACAGGAUAUAAUUUUAGAAUAUAUGUAUCCAAGGCUUGAUACUGAGGUUUCUAAACACCUAAGUCAUCUUUUAAAAUCACCAUUUUGUGUACACCCUGGAACAGGGAGGAUAUGUGUUCCAAUUGAUUCUAGUUGUUUUGAAAAGUUUAAUCCCUUUGAAGUACCUACUGUUACUCAGUUAUUGGAUGAAAUUGACGCAUGGGAUAAAGAGCAUAAGGAAAAUCUAGAAAUGUCAGAAAAACAAGAACAAAUUCAAGAUUAUGAAAAGACUUCUUUAAAGCCUUAUAUAGAAUAUUUUAAAAAAUUUACUUCUCUUAUCAUGAAAGAGGAAGCAAUUAAUAAAAGGGAAUUGGAUAAAAGUGAAGGAUCCGUUAUGCUUGAUUUCUAAUAUAUCAUUAUGAAAGUAUAUAGUUGUUUCACUUAAAUACCCAAAC